CAAAUUUUAGAGAGAGAGAGAAACCAUGGCCCCGACGAUCAGCGCUCCCGCUGAGCUCGACGACCGCCGAUUGUACGCCGUCGAUUUCUUCGGAAAUCCCUUGAUCGUCACCGUCACGGACACUACCUCCGUCAUCCGCCGCUGGAUUCAGUCCAUUCGCUACCACCACCGCCACCACAUACACUUCGGCCGUCUCAUUGUCGGUCUUGGCGUCCAGUGGAAUGACCAAUUCGGCACCAAUUCUUCCGCGGACACUCUACAGCUCUGCGUCGAAAGCCGUUGUCUCAUCAUCCAACUGAACCACUGCGAUUACCUCCCUCAAAUCCUCCGUCGUUUCCUCCGCGAUUUCGGGAUAACCUUCGUCGGAUUCUGGAACGGUCAAGACAAGAAGAUGCUGUUGAACUCGAACCAUCAGUUAGAGAUCGGUGAUAUUCUGGACAUAAGGCACUACGUGAAAAAUUCUGACGGCGUGAGCCUCCGUGGUUCUUCAUUCGAGACGAUCGUCAAGGAGUGUUUGGGAUACAAAGGUGUGGAAUUGAAACCUAGCAUCAGUAGAAGUGACUGGGACAGACGCAACCUGCGCAAUGAGCAGAUCCUUCAGGCCACUGUUGAUGCGCUCGUCUGCUUCAAGCUUGGCGUCCAGAAACGUCUCUGUGGAGAGAUAUAAAGACGAUUCAAAGAACUUUAGAAAAUUAUCGCAGGAGAUUCAACGGAGAGGACGACGGGAUCUCUGCGACCGAUGGUCGAGAAAGAAUUUACCGCUCCGGAGAUCCUAUGAUUCGUUAGUGGAGCGACCACAAACCACCGCUCGGAGCCAAGGUGCUUAGUCACUUCUCCGAUUCCGUUUCUUGAAUCCGGAACUGAUGUUUCUUUUCUUUUUUGGGAAUUUGUCGUCCUUUGGG